UACACUACACAAAGCCUAUCGUUCUUUUUUUCUAUUUUUCAUUUCCUGUAUUCCUCUCCAUUUCGUAUCGCUUUUUGGCGGUUUUGAGCCUUUCGGUUUCGAACAUUCGCUUCAAUUUCUCUCUCUUUCUGACAUGCACGCACACUCUCUCCCUCUCUCUGAUGUCAGAUCUUCUUUCUAAAUACAAUUAUUCUCCGGUUCUCCUUCUACCUGUUUUUCUCUUGCUGGAUCUUUGAUUUCUUUCUGUUUGUGGAUUUUUCUUUUGUUUAAAUCUGUAGAUUCUGUGAGGUGAUGUUGUGGUAGAUCGGCGGGUUUGAGCUUGUGAGGGGUUUUUUCGCCGCCGAUGAGUGAGGGAAUGAUUAGUCACUUUGCCUUUUCAUUCUUGUAGUAGGGAAUGAUGCAUGCAGUGUUGCUUAUUUGGAAAUGGAUCGAGAAGCAAAUUUGAAUAAGAAGUUUGCCAGUAUGAAAUGUCAAAGGGUAAAAGGAGAUGAAUCUUUUGUUCCUCCAUUGGAAGAUGAAGCAAUAGAAGUUCAGCAUUUACUUGCAGAACCUAAACCUGAUAAUGCCUCAGUAGAUGGUGUAUUUUGUUUUGGUAAGGAGAAUGCAUGGAAACACUUGGAUAUUGAGGAGAUCUCCUAUGGAUUUGAGUAUGGCCUAAAAAGAAAUUGUGGUGGGCUGGAUUGUAAUAAUACUCAAGGACAAGAUGAAUUAGAGCUUGGAGUUCUCGAUGGGCUGCUGGAUGAACUUGAUGAAGUAGAUGAUAUUCAUGCUGCAAAUGACAUAUCUGGGGCAUGUGAAGAUUUUCUUUUGGAUGUCGAACUGGCUGAAAAGAUUUCUGACCUGGAUUGUGCACCGCGUGGAAGAUUGCAUUUGGGAAACUCAAGUUCAGAAAGUCAAUCUCCAGGAUUUAGUGGAAGUAGCAAUGGUGCUAAUGGGUUGUCAGAAUCAUCAACAGCGACUAUUCUAGAUUCUGAAUGCAAGAAUGGUUCAGUUGAGAACAAAACAGUCAAAUGUGAGUUAAAUGACUCAUCUGGGGACAAAUGGGAUUAUCCGGCUGGGGAAAAUGUUUAUACUGCUUCACGUGAUUUAGAAAAUCUUGAUGAGCUUGAUGAUGCAAAGCCUUUAGAAAGUGGAAUAUCAUCUGAUGAUAAUGAAAAGAAACCUCUCCAGGCAAGCAAAAUGAGUACUCUUCUUAGACAGAAGAGAUUGCGUAAGCCUACCAAGAGGUUCAUUGAAGAAUUUUCAGUUCCAAAGUCCAAACAUGCACUGGAAAGACAAAAAAUUUUGGCUGCUGACUCAAAGGAUAAAUGCCUGGAUAUUGGAUCCCAUAAUGAACUACAUCGUGGGAGAGGACUGACAUUGACCAAGGAAGAGUCAUUAAGUGAGAAUGUUACACAAGAAACAAUUGAAGAUGAUGAAAAACUUUCAGAUCUGAAAUCGAAGUGUGUGACUAGAAGACUAAAAAUUUCUUCACCUGGUUCAAAUGAUAAACAUUUGAAGAUUGGAUCUCAGAAUGAACAUCGUCAUGUGAAAGGGUUCAAAUCUUCUCCCAGGGAGGAGUCUUUACCAGGAACUAGUACUCAAGCAUCAUUUGAAUCUCGACCACGGAGGGGACGUCCUAAGAAACGCCCAUGUGUUUCAGCCCUUGACUCUGAUGGUGAGCCUACUGCAUCGGAGUUUGAAGAUGAUCGUGCAAAGAGAAGAAAAUCUAAGAAGAGUGCUGACAGAAGGAAGCAUCAAAGAAUGUGGACUCUUUCUGAGGUGAUGAAGUUGAUUGAUGGUGUUGCUCAAUAUGGAACUGGGAGGUGGACUGAUAUAAAGAAGCUUUUGUUUUCAUCGACUGCUUAUCGCACGCCUGUAGAUUUGAGGGAUAAAUGGAGAAAUCUUCUAAGAGCUAGCUCUGUGCAGAAGCAGAAACUGAAACAGAACAAGAAAGAGGUUGAACAAAAGCUGAAGCAUGCCAUGCGUCCUUUACCUAAGACUGUGGUACACCGAAUUCUUGAACUAGCCACUGUUCAUCCAUAUCCUAGGUUUACUCCUGGUGGGAGAUACAUACGUAGGAAGAAGAAUUGACUUGAAGAUCGAUUUAUCAGUCAGCACUAAGAUCAUAGUAGCAAAAUUUAGUUGUAAAAAAGCUAUGUUUCAUCUUUCUUCUCUUCACUUAUUUCUUUUUGGCCAUGCACAUACGCAUCAUGUUCUCAAAUAUUCAAAGAUACUGGUCACAGAAUGCGGUGAAUGUUGCACAGGGAGUGGCCCCAAAUAGCCAAUUGUAAUAGCCGGGGUUGCGGCUAACUGAUGCUUAAACAAGUGUAGCUUUCCUUUUACAA